GAACUUUAUAAGAAUACACAAUAUGGCGCGUAGUUAUCGUUGUCUAUAAAUAUUACUUUAAUGCCUAAAUUUAGAGCUGCUUUUGGACAAUGGAUAUCAGGAACUUUUUCAAUCCAAGUUCAGCAUCCAAAAGCUCAACUACACCUCCUAACAAGGACAUCAGAAAAUAUUUUGGGUCAUCAGCAGCAAAUAAAAAUAAUACAGUACCUGGAAAGGAAACAAGUAUUACUGUCAAUAAAAAAAGUAUGGUUAGGGCAAAAGGUGAAAAACUUAAAAGCCCACCUAGUAAGACCCAGAUAAAACCCAAAAGUAUUGGCAAGUCACCAAAAAAAAGUGAGCCAUCUGUUCCAACAAGAUCUUCCCCCAGAAAGAAAGCUAGCCUCAGUGUGGACAUAGAAGAGCCAGUUUUAAUUGAUGAUGAUUCUGACAAUGAUGUUGUCAAUGAUUCCCAGGAUUUAAGUGAUACUUACAAGAAAGUAAAUGGUUUUUAUACAAACACUGCCAGUAAAAACAAAGGGUCAGGAAAAAAAGAAACACUUACUAGUAAAACUAAAAAGCAAAAUGACACUAAAAGUUCAGCUAAUGCUAAAAAGUCAGAAGAAAUUGUGGACAUUGAAAGUGUCCAUUCAUCAGGUUCUAGUAGUUCCAAAACUGCUACAAGGUCAAAAUCGAAUAAGACAAAUGAUAAAACUAAGAAAGGCAAGUCAAGUGAACCACUGGUUAAAGAAAUUCAGAAAGAAGAAAAGACAACCAGGCAGAGUCCUAGAAAGUCACCUUCCACAACAGAUAGUAAGAGGGCAAAGAAAAGAAAACAGCAGAUUUCUAGUGAUGAAGAAGAGAUUCUAAUUGUCAAAAAUGAUUCCUCUGACGACGAAGAUGAGCCACUAAGGGGUAGGCAAAAGUCCAGAUCAAGAAGUAAAACUGUAAUAAAGUCUUCGAGAAUCCUUGACUCAGAUUCAGAUGAUGAGAAUCCAGUAAUGGAGGAGAAGCCUAAAGCCAAAAGAAAAAAGAAAGAAUCCAAAGUGUAUGUAGAUGAUUCAGAUAAUGAAAAGAAAGUGACAGCUCUAGACAAGUUUGUUAUUCACAAAACUAAAACAGACUCUGGACUUGGGCAAGAAACUAAAACAGAGAAAGAAAAGUCUCAGUUGAAACUUGUGAAUGUGAAUGCGGCAGAUUUCUUUGGUACUGCAGCGGUCACUAGAAGUAAUCGGUCAAUGGCAGUGACCAAAAGAAAACAUGAAGAAAUGGAAAAGUCUUGCGAGGUGGUUGAUGUUGACAUAGUGUUUGACGAAGAGCUGCAUGAUGAUGAGGACUUUAUGAAGACCCUUGACCAGCUUGAUGGACCUAAUGUUAAAAAAGUUAAACAGUGUGAAGCUGAGGUCAGGGAAACCACUAAAGAGGUUAAACCUGUCAGUCUGGCUAGUAAAUUGAGUGCUAAAGUCAAGCAAGAAAACUUGAAAGCUGAGAGAAAUUCAGGCGAUGAACAUGAGGUAACCUGUGAACUACUUGAACUGAAGGAAACACACAAGAAUGUGAAACUGGAAACACCCCUGAAGCAGAUACCACAGAAAACCUCGCCCUUGAAGCAAUCACCCCUGAAACAGACAGUCCAGAACACAUCACCUCAGAAGCAGUCACCAUUGAAAACAUCUCCCCUGAAACAGACACCUCAGAAAAUGUCUCCUUUCAAACAGACAACCAGAACUCCCAUCUCUGCCAACAAGCGAACACCUUCAGACAAUGAUGGGUCAAGUGCUAGGAAGUUGGCUGGAUUCCAGGCUUAUAAACAAAGAACUGGACCACAACAUCUAGGUUCCAAAGAAAUUCCUGAGGGUGCUGACAAUUGUCUGGAAGGUCUGACAUUUGUUAUCACUGGAGUUUUGGAUUCUAUCGAGAGAGAUGAUGCAAAGUCUGUGGUGGAGAAGUAUGGAGGUAAAGUCACAGCCAGCGUGAGCGGUAAAACAAGUUACCUGGUAGUAGGGCGUGAGCCAGGUGAAAGUAAAAUUUCCAAGGCCUCCAAGCUCAAAGUGAAACAAAUAGAUGAAGAUGGACUAUUGGAUCUUAUCAGAACAUUGCCAGGAAGAGUUUCCAAAUAUGAACUUCAGGCCAAAGAGCAGCUGAAAAAAGAAGCUGCUAUCAAAGAUUUGCAGAACAAAAAUUCUAAAAAACUGGAAUCUUUCAGAUCUCCUAAAGUUGAAAAACAAAAAAGCUCAGUAGAGCCAUCCUCAUUUACCCAAAUAAAAAAUGCAGUGGGAGUCAGCUCUGUGGGCUCUGGGUCUCCUGCUUCAUCGAAGUUACUAAGUCAGUCCCAGCCUUCUCCUUCCUCCCCUGCCCCAGCCACCCAGUCGGAAGUUUUGUUAUGGGUAGACAAGCACAAGCCGACCACUUUGAAGAACAUUAUUGGUCAGCAAGGGGAGAAAAGCAAUGCCAAAAAACUUUUACACUGGUUGAAGCACUGGCAUGAGAACAUCAUCGUAAAAGGUAUCAAGUCAUCAGGAAGUUUUUUCAACAAAGGAGAUGGUGCUGGGAAUAGGGCAGCUUUGUUAUCGGGCCCACCUGGCAUUGGAAAGACAACCACAGCAACUCUUGUUUGUCAGGAAGCUAAAUUUUCAUAUGUUGAGCUCAAUGCUUCAGAUUGCCGCAGCAAAAGAAACUUGAAGGAAGUUGUGGCGGAGUCUCUGAACAACCAGACCCUUGUGGACUACAUGGGGGAUCGCAAAGGAUCAACCCUGCCCUCUGGGCAAUCACACUGCAUCAUCAUGGAUGAGGUAGAUGGUAUGGCUGGCAAUGAAGACAGGGGAGGACUCCAGGAACUCGUACAGCUCAUCAAGAACACCAAGAUUCCCAUCAUCUGCAUCUGCAAUGACCGCAACUCUAUGAAAAUGAGGACUCUGUCCAAUUACUGCCUAGAUUUGAGGUUCCAGAGGCCUAGAGUAGAGCAGAUCAAAGGGGCUAUGAUGACCCUGGCUUAUAAAGAGGGCCUGAAGAUUCCGCCGGCUGCACUUAAUGAGAUUAUAGCAGCCUCAAAUCAUGAUAUCAGACAGAUUAUUCACAACAUGUCAAUGUGGAGUGCCAGUGAUAAGACAUUGAGCUAUGAGCAAGUCAAAUUGGAUGCAGCCAAAGCACACAAGGAUGUCCGACUUGGUCCAUUUGAUGUCUGCCGCAAGGUGUUUGUUAGUGAUGAGGAAACAAGAAAAAUGACCUUCAAUGACAAAUCUGAUUUGUUCUUUCAUGAUUACAGCUUUGGGCCACUUUUUGUCCAUGAAAACUAUCCAAAUAUCAUUCCAAUGUCUGCAGGAAAUCACAAUGGCAAGCAUUUGUCUUGUCUUUCUAAAACUAUAGACAGUAUAUGUGAUGGUGAUUUGGUGGACAAGUUGGUCAGGAAGGAUUCUAAUUGGAACUUAUUACCCACACAGGCUGUGUUUUCCAGUGUCAUUCCAGGGGAGGUAAUGAGAGGUAGUUUUCCUCAGAUGCCUGCCUUCCCUCAGUGGCUGGGUAAAUUUUCCAGCACCAACAAAACCAAUAGGAUAUUACAAGAGUUGGCAUCACACAUGAGAUUAGUAACAUCCUGUGACAAACGAAGCCUCAACUUGGAUUACCUCCCUGCUCUCAGGGCAUGUCUGACAUCUCCUUUGGUACAGAAGGGAUCUGACGGAGUGGAGGAGGUCAUCAAGCUGAUGAAUGAUUAUGACAUUAUUAAAGAUGAUUUUGACAACAUAUUAGAAGUCACCAAGUGGCCCAACAGUUUAGAUGUUAUGUCCAAGAUAGAUUCUAAGACCAAAUCAGCUUUUACCAGACAGUAUAACAAGGAGGCUCCUCUCACUCCCUAUGCCACUGGUACAAUCAGCAAGAAGAAGGGAGGGCGUGGAACCAAUGUUGAGGAGGAGUUUGAGCUUGAGGAAGAGGGGGAGGGAGAGGUUGGCGGAGUGGACAGCGAGGAGGAGAAUGAAGAAGAAAGUCUGGAAGCUGAUACUAUGAUUAAAGCUAAAAAGCCAUCCACCUCUAGAUCUGCUAAAAAGUCAUCCACCUCUAGUUCUGGUCAGCCUAAAAAAGGAGCAUCAGCCGGAAAAGGUGGGAAUAAAGGCAAGGCUGGGAAAAAAAACAAAUAAGGAAGUUCCAUUAUUCCAUUGUGUUCAUGAAAGACUUGCAGUGUGUGGUUAGUCUCUGGCUAACAAAUCAUUUAAACAUCCCCUGUAUUGUUCUAAUGGAUUAUGGGAAGUGUUCCAGAGACAUUAAGCAUUUUUCUUUGCUGAAGGAAUUUGUUGAAUAUAUUAACUGACCUACUGAAUGUAACAUUUGUUAUCCAUUAAACUUUUAUAACAACUUUUGUUUUUGACUGAUUUGUAGAUGUACAGGAGUAAUUGAAAACAAAUCAUUGAAAUUUAUUCUUUUAUGUCCUAAAAAUGUUUUAACACCAAACCACAAUUAUUGUUGAUUUGAGUUCUUGGCAGAGCAGUCUAGAGAAUACAAUGGUGAGAAUGUAGAAUAUUUGUAUUGUAGCUAUCCUCCAGCGACUUCUGAAUGUGAUUGUGUUCCUUCACUUUGGAUCUGGCCAGAAUGGCAAGUGUUGAGGUGUGGGCAGCCCAGCACUCGCAAAUUUACCUAACAAAACAUGAAUCAAUAAAAAGAAUGUACAAAUUAGACAAUUAUUAUUGGUAAUUAAUUGUUUUGUUUGAUACCAAAAGGGAAAUGAAUUCUUCAGUGUUAAGAACUAUGGCUAAAUGUGUGGAGUUAUGUCCCCUCAGUUGUGCACCUUCUUUCUUUCUCUCUCUCUCUCUCUCUCUCUCUCUCUCUCCCCCCCCCCCCCCCCAUUCUUGGAUCAAGUUGAAACUUAACACAAUUAUUUAUUGUACUCAACAGAAUGGAAUUCAUUCACCAAUUGUAAACAAACAACAUUUUGUCACGUGAUAAUAUUGAUAAAACAACGAAAGAACUGUCACGUGAUAGCCAUUGUGAAAAUAAAAAAUUAGAUCGUGAUUUGUAUAGAAAAGAUAGAGAAUCAUGUGGCUAAAUGUUUGUUUACGAUUGGUGAAUGAGGUCCAUUCAUGCGAUACAACACAGUUGUCAAGUAAUUAUUUUGAUUGAUAUCGAAAAAGAUAUAGUUGUAAAUGUGGUGGAGUUCUUCCCAUCAGAUAAGCUCUUUUUUUUUUCUAAUAAGUAUUUUUAUAUUUUGCUUGUUUUUUUUUUGUUGUUUUUUUUUUUGUUGUUUUUUUUUUGUUUUCUGAAACAGUUUGGCAUUUAACGUUUGGUGUGUAUGGGUCUGUGCAUUGUGUGUCUAGAAAUUGAGAAAUCAUUCUUCAAACAAAAUUAAAACUGCUGUUUGUGCUUGUCAUACGGCGCCAAAGUCUCACGAGAUGUGUAAACAAUAUGUUUACUUGCACGUUUGUCUCGAGAAGAUACAUUGCCCAUAGUACUAAAAGUAGCCAGGAAAGUUAUAAAUAUUUUUAAAAUAUUUUUUUUAUUUAUUGGAGAAGCUAAUUUGAGUCAAGAUGUAUAUACAAGGGGAGUAUAAAAAGCGGGGUCGAUCGGUCGGUCAAAAUAGUUUCAUCCUAUGUAUCAAGUCUAUAAUUGUGAAUCUCCUAUUGAAAUAAAGUUUUAUUGUGUGUUCA